GAAACAGACGAGGAAAUGAUACGAGAUUGAGUACACUGUUUGCUGAUGACACAUGUCAUGCGGUAGGAGGUUUACUUAGGUUGUUUUGUAGGGGGAACACUGCAGUACACCAGGUGUCUGUACCAGUAUAUGUUGAGUGACAGUGUUUUCUGUAUUUGAAUGAUGUGGUUCUUACUGUCAGUUAAGAUGACACAGAAGCUCUGGAGGAAUUGUUUCGAAGCUGUGGAGUUAUUAAUAUGGAACAUUCUGGAUUUAGUGUUCUAAUGAUUCUCGGGAUAUCCAAGAUAGAUGGUGUCAUUUGAUUACAUUAAUCAGAUUGGUUACAAUGACAAGCAGUUGUGGGAGCAGUCUGUGGAGAUGAAACUACAGAAGCGACCUACAGUACUCAAUGCUCCAAGAAAAAGUGCACGUUUAAAAACUGAAUUCAUUGAUGUCGACCUCAUUCGAGGCUCCACAUUCUCCAAGGCCAAGCCGAAGGUAUCAUGGACGUCCAUCACAGGCAAUGCUAUCAUUCGUGCGUUGCUCUUGCCAGUAUACUUCAGAUGGUGGGUGCAGCAGUCCUCUGUAUUGUUCUUCCUGUUCCUGUUGUACCUCUACACACAACAGCUAGUCACUAUGGUCGUCUACUUCAGUACUGUUGGCGAGAUCACGGAGGAUGAACUGUCUCUGUCGGAGGUGAUGAUGCCUGCCAUACUGAUGAUGGUGCUGGCUUUGAUUCACUCCCAGACUGUGGUGUCACACUUCUCUCACAAAACUCCACACAGGGAUCUCAACAAACUCAACAGAAGUCUCUCUAAAUCAAAGAAACGUGUUAGUAAGGUUGGCAUUUCUACAAGUAGUCAGAAAUCUCAGGACAGCAUUCCAUCCGAUUCGGCAGCGUCACGGUCACAAUCAGCAAAGAGUUUUACAGUUGUCUCUGACACAACCCUGGACAAUGAGGCCUCUAGGUCAGGCAAGGGAAGUGCAAGGGAUAAUCUUAAUGGACAAGACAGGAAGGGCAAACAAAAAAACAUGUCAGUUAAAAGAAACCCUCAGAAAAUGGAAUGCAGAAGAAGUAUCUCACCAAAAGAUAAAAAUCAAAAGGAUUACAUAAAAGUUAACAAUCAGAAGAAAAGUCAACAAAAUUAUGUUCAGUCUGGAAAAUCUGCACUAGAAUCUGUCUCUCAUGAGGGUCAUUUGAAUGUUGACUCCAGGAACGAAGAUUCUGUAGAGCAGUUUUGUCACAAGGAAGGGUUGGAUGUGAACACAAAGUGUGAACAUUUGUCUGCAAAUAGUGCAUGUGAUAAAUUAUCUUCUGUUAAUCAUAUUGAUUUUUUAGAGGAAGACUUUUCUUCCUUUGGAUCUGAAUCUCAGGAUAAUGAUUCGCAUUUGCCAGGAGCAAUAGGGGAGAUAAUCCUGAAGGGCAGUGCCAGGGAUGGAUUGGAGGAAGAAAAUUUUGCUGAUUCUGAAAGAAUUUCUGAUGAUAUUCAUUCAGAUUCAGAACAUGAAUCAAAAGUACAGUUAGGGGAUUCGGGCCAAUUUUGCAAAAGUUCCCAUGAUCUCAGGGAUAGUUGUGGAACAGAGUUACCUCAAACUCAGAGUAAGCAGACACAUUUAGAGAUCACACGUAGAUUAUCAGACCUUGCAAAGAAAUCCAGGCAAGAUUCUGAUGCAGAAGAUGUAUCUGAAAAUGAGAUUAUCACAGAUGUGAAGUUAUCCAUGUCUGGGACAUCAUUACGACGACGUCGGCGUGUUAUUAGUGCCAAUAAGAGUGCAGAUCUCGGGGAAAUUGCAAGAUCACGUGUUGUGCCAAAUAACCUGGGACUGUGGCCUCAGUCUGUGAAGUCUGGUGGGGUGGUUGGAAGUUCCUCGGAGAAUGAAACUACACCAGGUCCUGCAACUCCAGACACAGGAAAUAAGGUAACAAUGAGUUCGGAGGAGUGGGAGGACCGGAUACAGUCGGACGUGACCACCUCCUCAUCCUACUCAUCGAGCUGCGGAUCGGAGGCCGAGCUGACUGACAGCGGAGAGAACCAGGUUGAGAACGAGGAGCUGCACACCCAGGGAUGGACUACCAGCAACCUGCACGUCAUCAACUUGUUACAGCCGCCUACAGCAUCUUCCACUGGUGUCAGCCAUAUUCCACCUCCUGAUAAAGUGAGCUGUGUUUUAUGGGAAGGCAAUGAAUGUAAGAAGGUGGAUCUGACAGCUCUGGACAUUGGCUGGGCCAUCAUCGACAAGGUGGACAACAUGCCCGAGAGCUCCGACUACAUCCUCAUCGGCCUGGCCCUGUCCAUCAUCAUGGCCUGUGUGCCGCUGGUGUUCCGGCUGUACCACAUCAAGCAGCUGCCGGAUCUGUUCAAGCUGGCCGGGAUCUGCAGUUUGUGGGACCAGCUGCAGCAGAAUCCCUGGAGACGUAGUUUAUUUGCUCUGAAUGGUGUUACGCAGAGGUUGUGCCUUAGUCUCAUCUUCUUCUUCCUGCUGUCUGUGGCUGACAGGACAUUUAAACAGCGCCUGUUGUAUGCCAAGCAUUUCUGCUACCUCACAUCUUCUCGUCGAGCCCGCAAAUUUGACAUGCCUCAUUUCCGUCUCAGUAAAGUGAGAAACAUCAAAACAUGGCUGUCUCUGCGAUCUUACCUCAAGCGCCGAGGGCCCCAGAGAUCUGUUGAUGUUAUUGUGUCUGCCACCUUCCUGCUCGCUAUCUGCAUCGUUACACUCAUGUGCCUACAGAUGCUGAAGGAUGCAGAAACAUACUUGGACUUUGAGUGUAACUGGGAGUUGGUGUUCUGGUGUCUCGCUCUUGGUGUCUACCUCCUCCGCUUCAUGACCCUCGGUCUCAAGAUCAACAAGAAGUACCGCAACCUGUCAGUGCUCAUCACAGAACAAAUCAACCUGUAUCUGCAGAUGGAGCAGAAGCCCCACAAGAAGGAGGAGUUGAUGCUGGCCAACAACGUCCUUAAACUGGCCGAGGAGCUUCUCAAGGAGUUGGAGAGUCCAUUCAAGAUUUCUGGGUUCUCUGCAAACCCUCUCAUCUACAAUAUCACAAAGGUUGUUGUUCUCUCAGCAUUUUCAGCAGUUCUGACAGAGCUGCUUGGUUUCAAGUUGAAACUCUACAAGAUCAAAUUCAAGCCUUGAAUAUGGUUGUGGUCACAGUAAACUCAGACAGAAGUGAUUAUUGUUUAUAUGCUAUGCAGUUUAUGGCUUUAUCAAAACAGUUUUGUACAUCUCAGUACUACAGUGUGAAGAAUCGUGCACUGUUGUGUAAGAGUUUCUCACUUUCCUAUUCUCCAAUGUUUGACUCAGUGAACCCAAUGGCGCCACUCUUUAUCAAAAUAUUUUAUACAGUUAUGACUUAGAACAGUGGAUGAUUGUUUUUACUCUGUGAAUUUUGUGAAAAGUGAUGUUUUCCGUACCUGUAUCUAUCAUGCAGUUAACAAAUGGCCAGGGAUAUUCAAACUGUUUCAGUUUGAUAUGCUAUUAUGAAUGUGAAUGCAGGACUCAUUGUUAGAAAUUAAGAACAAAGCCAGGGGUCCUUUUCAUUUGUUGAGAUUAUAGCUAUUGGGGAUCCUUAAAUUUAAGAACUUCAGUAAAUAACGGUUAUAACGAACUCAAAGCGACCACCAAUUCUAGUCCGUUAUAUCUUAGUUCGUUAUAAGCAUAUAUACAGCAGAUGGCUGGGACCAAAGACCAGUUCGUUAUAUCCGUCAGUUCGUUAUAAACAUAGUUUACUGUAUAUCCACUUCUCUGCACGUGAUCCUUUUAUUAGCUUGGAGAGUCGCCUCCCUUUGCCAUGCUAUGAUCUGCUGAUCGUGGAUUUACAUCCAAGUUUUUUCCUGUUAAUCUUAACUAUGAUCCAUGGUCCUGUCAUCAUGGCACCUGGCCUUUUUGGUUUCACCGUAUCAUUAUAAUCAACCGGUACCACCCAAACAUUUUGGACUUUUCCUCCUUCAUUAUGCUGAAGAUCCGGGGUAGAAUAGGUCUUCAGCUACCCAUGCUUGCCGUAAAAGGCGACUAUGCUUGUUGUUGGAGACGACUAACGGGAUCGGGUGGUCAGACUCGCUGACUUGGUUGACGCAUA